CCGUGACUGUGCGGUCUCUGCCUGACUUCCCCACAGAGCCGGCCUCCGUCUCAGGCCUCAGCCAGACAUGUCCAGCCUCCAGGCACUAUGCUCCGGCCUGCCGCUGCGGCCCCUCCCGGAGAACCGGGGCCGCUGGGCUGGGGUGCCCCACGCACCGGUCAGGACGCCCGGCCUCAGCCCCGCGGAGGAGCAGCUGGCGCUGAGGAAUGCCCUGCGCUACUUCCCCCCGGAUGUCCAGCAGCUACUGGCCCCUGAGUUUGCCCAGGAGCUGCGACUGUAUGGGCAUAUUUACAUGUACCGGUUCUGCCCUACCAUGAAAAUGAGGGCCUACCCCAUCGAGCAGUACCCCUGUCGGACGAGAGCUGCAGCGGCCAUCAUGCACAUGGUCAUGAACAACCUGGACCCUGCUGUGGCCCAGUUUCCACAGGAGCUCGUGACCUAUGGAGGAAAUGGGCAGGUGUUCAACAACUGGGCUCAGUUCUGGCUGACGAUGUCCUACUUGUCACAGAUGACAGAGGAGCAGACCCUGGUCAUGUAUAGUGGACACCCACUGGGCCUCUUUCCCAGCACUCCCUGGGCCCCCAGGCUGGUCAUCACUAAUGGGAUGGUCAUUCCCAACUACUCCUCCAGGACAGAGUAUGAGAAGCUCUUUGCCAUGGGAGUCACAAUGUACGGCCAGAUGACAGCAGGCAGCUACUGCUACAUCGGACCCCAGGGAAUUGUCCAUGGCACAGUGCUAACCGUGUUGAAUGCUGGCCGACGGUACCUGGGUGUCAAGGACCUCACGGGGAAGGUCUUUGUCACCUCUGGGCUGGGCGGAAUGAGUGGUGCGCAAGCCAAAGCUGCAGUCAUCGUGGGGUGCAUCGGUGUGAUAGCAGAGGUGGAUAAAGCCGCCCUCAUGAAACGCCACGAGCAAGGAUGGCUGAUGGAAGUGACCAGCAGCUUGGACCACUGCAUUGAAAGACUCAGGGAAGCAAGGAAAAGGAAGGAGGUGCUCAGUCUUGGUUACCAUGGCAAUGUGGUGGAUCUUUGGGAGCGCCUGGUCCACGAAUUGGACACAACAGGGGAGCUCUUGGUGGACCUGGGAUCAGACCAGACUUCCUGCCACAACCCAUUCAAUGGUGGUUACUACCCUGUGCAGCUGGGCUUCGCGGAGGCCCAGAGCCUCAUGGCCUCUGACCCUGCUGCAUUCAAGGGCCUGGUCCAGGAAAGCCUGAGGAGGCAAGUCUCAGCCAUCAACAGACUGGCCAAGGAGAACUUCUUCUUUUGGGACUAUGGCAAUGCCUUCCUCUUGGAGGCCCAAAGAGCAGGAGCUGACGUGGAGAAGAAAGGUGCCAGCAAGACGGAAUUCCGCUACCCCUCGUAUGUCCAGCACAUCAUGGGGGACAUAUUCUCCCUGGGAUUUGGGCCUUUCCGCUGGGUGUGCACCUCAGGGGACCCCCAGGACCUGGCAGUCACAGAUGAGCUGGCCACGUGCGUGCUGGAGAAGGCCAUCGCUGAUGGAGUGAACCCAGCUGUGAAGCUGCAGUAUAUGGACAACAUCCGCUGGAUCCGGGAGGCCGCCAAGCACCGGCUGGUAGUAGGGUCCCAGGCGAGGAUCCUGUACUCAGACCAGAAAGGCCGUGUGGCCAUCGCUGUGGCCUUCAACCAAGCCAUCGCCCGUGGGGAGAUCAAGGCGCCGGUGGUCCUGAGCCGAGACCAUCAUGAUGUGAGUGGCACGGACAGCCCCUUUAGGGAGACCUCCAACAUUUACGAUGGCUCUGCCUUCUGUGCAGACAUGGCUGUGCAGAACUUCGUGGGAGAUGCCUUUCGCGGUGCCACCUGGGUUGCUCUUCACAAUGGCGGGGGUGUUGGCUGGGGUGAGGUGAUCAAUGGAGGGUUUGGCCUCGUGCUGGACGGGACCCAGGAGGCUGAGCAGAAGGCCAGGAUGAUGCUCAGCUGGGAUGUCUCCAAUGGAGUGGCUCGGCGCUGUUGGUCUGGGAACCAGAAGGCCUACGAGAUCAUCUGCCAGACGAUGCAGGACAACAAGGGCUUGGUGGUGACGCUCCCCCAUGAGGUGGCAGACGAGUGCGUGCUGCAGCAGGCCCUGCGGCCAUGAGGGGGCCCGAGAGCCGGCCUUGCUUCCCUCGCCCCCUUGAUUCCUGUCCCCACCCCCACAGCCACAACACACCUGUCACUGUACCCCUUUGUCUCCCGGGUUAGCAGUUUCCCACACAAACCCUCACUUGACCUCACGACUCCCUGGAGGGCGUGGCAUGGGACCAUCCACCAUUUACAAAUGAGUCAGCUCAGGCCAGAAGAGAUGGGAGUGUUUGCCCCUGACCUCUGGGAACCCUGGGAGGGCGUGAAAGUCUGGUCCAGAGCUCAAUCCUCUAGCUCGCCAUAGAGUAGACUCCAGGAACUUUUGGGGGCCGUGCAUACCACAAAUACUGGGUAUCAACCAAGUCCCUUCAAAACCCCUGCCUCUCCUGCUACCAAGGGGCCAGGGUUUCCUUUGGCCAGGUUUUUAUCAGUCAUUAUGCCUCCUGUCCACCUUCCAUCCACGCAUCCAGAUAUCUUUCCACCUGCUGGCCUGUCUAGCUGUCUGUGAUGUACUUUUUACCCCUCAGUGCCUCCAGCCAUGGGCCCAAAGGAACAUGGCUAGGCGCUGGGUUCGAGGGUCCAUGAAGGAAGACAGGGCAAUAAAGGAUUAGGAAAGAAAGAAGCCAUGUAAGGUGUCACGAGCAGAAUGGCCAUGGGCUGGUGGGAUGGGGGCAGACAGGGUCCUGCCCUAAAGGGACAGCGAUAUUUUGUGAGAAAAAGGAGAGAGGAGGGGAGCCCCCGACUGCUGGCACAGCAUGGAGUGCAAGAAAAUGCAGCCCAGGGGCGCCUGGGUGGCUCAGUGGGUUAAGCCUCUGCCUUCAGCUCAGGUCAUGAUCCAGGGUCCUGGGAUCAAGCCCCCCA